UGUGCGGCCUCCCGGGCGCCGGCGGCGGGCGCGCCAUGGGCAGCGGCAGCAGCCGGAGCGGCCGGGGCCUGAGGCGGCGGCGCAGCCAGGACAGCGGCAGGCCGGCCGUGGGGGCGGCAGCGGAAGGCGGGGCCGGGCCGCAGGUCCCCGGCGCCCGGGCCGAGGCGGACGCGGUGGCCGCGCGGGACGCGGCGUGCCCCGACCCCGCUCCCGGCCCGGCGGCGCCCCCCGACGGCAGAGACGAGACCCUGCGCCUGCUGGACCAGCUGCUGGCCGAGUCGGAGGCUUGGGGUCCCGCAGAGCCCCGUCCUGGACCCGGACCCCCAUCCCGACCCGCCGCAGGUGCCGGGAGCGCGGCACCCCCGGAAGGCAGCGCCGACAACCGGGGACAGAGCAGCAGUGCCCCUGAAGCCCGAGGGAGCAGCCGCACGAGGCCUGAGGAGCAGUCUGCCAUCUCCUAUGACCCAUCAGAAGAGGAGCUGAUGGCCAGCAUCGAGCGGGAGUUCUGCCCUGGGGCCCGUCCUGACCAGGCUGCUGGAUACCCAGCUGUAUAGUCCUGGCUCCGCCUCCCCACCCAGGGUCCUCGCUGGAGCUGGCCCACCUCCAAAAUGUGGCCACUUCUGGAUCUUUGAAAACCGGCCUUUUCAAGUUCAUAUUGAGAAAGUGCUGAUGUGGCCUGCCAUAGGCUUACUGGUGCUGGCUUGGGAGCUGGGAGAGUGGUCAGCUGUGCAGACCAGGCCCGAGGCCACACAGGUGUGUGGGCAGUGACCCACUCCACAUGCCUCCUCUUGGUCUUGGGGAGCCUGGCUGAGGACUUUUCCUCGUGUCUGAAAUGCAUCCCCUUGGUGGCCACCCACUCCACGCAGU